UUAAGUGGGUUAUGUAUACGAUUGAUUUUGCCAGCCCUGAUUUUCUGCAGCCCUAGCUGCACUCUUGCAAUUUUUCAUUGUUUAAAACGCAAUAAACAUUAACAACAAGUAAUGAAUUUAUGCCAAAGCCACCCACCAUGGCAAACAAUACCAACAGUGGCAUUAACUCAGAUUUUCGACUAUCUGGAGCCCGAGGACAGACGGUCGGCAGCAAGUGUUUGCUACGCCUGGAGACAGUGCCUCUUUCAAAAACGAUACUUUAGAAACUUUCGCUUUCAAAUCGAUGUGGCGCGCGAUGAUCAGUUAACCUUCUUCCACCGCAGUAUGGCCCAUCUGGUCAGAAAGCUGGUGAUUGUCUUUGACUUUCACAAUGCAUUUCAGAUUCAGAAAAUGCGACGACUUCUUUACAAAGUGGCUCGUUGUGAGAACAUCCAAGCGCUGCGUUUCCAAACCCACAAUGUAGGUCUUGCUGCCGUUGGAAACAUGAACAGCGAUCACUUUGUGGCCAUAGAACAAUGCUUUGUGGAACCUUUAAAGUUGUUUCUUAAUCGCAAAAGUAAGCCCUGUCAUCUGCUGGAUCUAGGUGCCAUUGAAGCUCUUACCUACUACGGUCAGGACUUGCUUAGGUCCUGUGGCAAACCACAGGAGCUGGAGCAGCUGACACUGGCCAGCCUUAAAUACGAUCCUAGUCACUAUCCAAUACUCUCGUUGGACAUAACGCUUCUGCAGAAGUGCGCUAACCUUCAGGUGCUGUCGUUGGACUACGAUACGCUGACCGAUGACCUGCUGCACACCAUCCAGGUGCUGCCACUCCGAAAAUUUAUCAUCGUAGUCCAUGGACUGGACAGCGAGGAGCAGGCCAGUGUGUCGGAGUAUGCCUGGGCCAACUUUGCCAGGCAUUUCACAAACAUUGAUCUAGUGCUGACGUUGGUGUACGCCUACGAGGCCAUUGAGCUGCUGCAGACUCGUGUCCUGCGUCGCCACAUGCCAGUGACCCAUGUGCGGCUACUCUUCUGUGAGUUCAUGAAUUCUGAGGCCCUGGACUGGAUGUCGCUGAACAAUAAGGACACGCUGCGGAGCAUUUACUAUAUGGACUCAGCGUAUAAGCAUAACAAUCGCUUGGACUACGCCCGUCACAACUUUCUGCGCCAGGACCCCUUCGUAAUGAUGGCCUGGCGUUGCAUGCAUCUGGAGGAAAUUGUAGUCCAUGGCUAUCUGAUGGAUCCGCACAAUUUGGUGGGCAUUGCCCGUUUGCGAGGUCGCAAGCUGAAGCGUUUGGAGGUUUCCAUGAUUGACUGGUCCAUGGCUCCGCUGAAUGCCUAUAAAGAGGAAAUCUGCUCCCUCCUGGGACAACAGUGGGCACCCAUCAGAAUAGAUAAACUUCCUCCAUCGCUGUCCUAUGGACCCGUGGACUAUGAAGUACGCGAUCAGUUCGUAUACGAGAUGUUGCGCCAGGAUCUCGGCUAGUAAGUGGGUGGAUGCAGUGGAAACCUCAAGUAAAAAUAACCAAAAAUUAAAGCAAAGUCAUAAAGUAAAUUCAAGAAACAACCGACCGACAUAACCCGUGAUCAUCUCGAGAGCGUAGAAACUAUCUUAAACAUUAUGAAACUUCUAAUUACGUAGAUAAAACAAGAAACCUAGAGAUGACAAAAGCGAAGACUAAACUGAUUCCGCAUAUAUGUAGAUGCGAUGCGUGUAUCCUAUGUUAUGAAAAAUGUGAAAACGUAAACUGAAAAUUGAUUCGAUUGGCAAGCAUUUUAUAGAAGUUAAAAAUUUAAGUUUAAAAUUUGUAUAAUCAUGUUUUGUUUGCCAGAAAGCGAGAGCUGGGAGCUAGAGAGAGAAUGUUAGGAGCAAAGACUUGAGCACGCCACAAAUCAAUGUAAUUUAUGUAAAGCAGAUGGGCAGAAUGUGUUUGUUAAAAACUGCUAGAAAAACAUCAUUUUAUAAGCAACAAGAACUGUGAUUCAAAGAAAAAGCAAAAAAAAAAAAUGCGAAUUCGAAUACGAACACGACAAAGAGCGAGCGAGCAAAAGCUAGCGCGAGCCAGUGUGAGCAUCAGACGACACCACAACACAACAAACACCAAGCAAUUGUUAAGCGAAUUGAUUGUCUAGUUAGCUAAGUUUAAAGAUGUAAAGAAGGAAAUACGAAAGUGUUGCAAACCGAACUGUUUGUAAAACCAACCCAAAAGUACGACCAAUGUCAAAUUGUUUGCUCAAAACGCAAUUGGCACAAAUUGUUAACCUCUGUAAUAAUGUGAAUAUGUAAAUGUGAACACGGCGCUCAAUUGUGAUAAACUGGAUGACAAAGAACACGACACGACAAAGGCAACCACAAAUGUAACAACAACGAGAGUACGAUCCUCGUUCGCUAAGCGCCGCCAUUUGUCUAGUUUAAAGUGAUAUUAUGACAGCAAAAAAAAGGACAGAAAAUUGUAAACGAAUGCAAUAUACACACACACACAGACAAACACACACACUCACAGAGAAACACUCACGUAUAUAUAGUAUAUAUAAAUAUUGUAAUAGCCAAAUAUCUAAAGGCUAAACGAUGCUGCCGUGUGUUGUUCAUGCGAGGUCACGGCCGGAGGCAAAAGCAAUAGCAAUAUGGCAAUGGCAAUGGCAAUGGCAGUGGCAAUAGAAAUGGCAAAUGUAAAACCCAAAACCAACUUUUAAGUAUUUUGUAGCACAGGCAUUAAUUUAUACAACUAUAUGUACUACUAUAUUUUACCUAUGUUUGCACAAAACAGCAGCGUAUUGUCCAAAGCUCAAGGCGAUAGAUGCUGCUGCAGCUGCUGCUGCUCCCAAUGUUGCUCACCGAACAACAAGUACAACCACAACGACAACAACAAUGGUACCUGAAGAUCAUGUUGAGCAUUUAGAGAAAAACAACAAGAACAACAGACACAAGCACUUGCUCAAAUUUAACAAUCUAAACAAAACAAAAUCUAUUGAAACAGAAGACUGAACGACAAAAUGUGCGUUGGCUAUGUUUGUUGGAGCAACGCAACGCAACGCAGGGGAGAGACAGCACCACAGCAGCGAGUUCUUGGACAUGCCGAAAAAAAUCAAAUGCGAUCUCAAAGACAACUCUUACAAACUAUCCAAUCGACCAUCUAUAUUGUAUGUAUGUAUCUGUAUCUGUAAACCUAUGCAUGUAAUCGUUUUUGUUAUGGAUUGCAAUAGCAAAUAUUAAUUUGUAAA